CUCUCCAAGUCUACCCAUAGAUCACCUUAACAUGAUCCUCCAGAUCCUAUCUUAUGUCGGAAUUGCUGUCGGUUUAGUAUUGCUAACCCUCGCUAUUGCACUGGGCCUAUACUACCUUUCGGAGCUUGUGGAGGAGCAUUCUGAGCCCACAAAGCGUUUUCUCCAGCGCAUGAUCUUUGCCAACAUUGGGCUUUUACUCUCCCUCUACAUGUUUGAUGGGUUUCCGUUAAAGUUAGUCCUUAUGUCCUUAUUCUCCUACUAUAUCUACUACCAGAACUUGAAGAGGUUUCCUUACGUGCACUUUACCGAUGCGGCCUUUCUCAUAUCGUGCGGUCUUGUGCUCAUCAACCACUAUUUCUGGUUCGCGCAUUUCAGUAAUCCCCACAUUCCAUCCUUACAGGAGCGUUUAGCCGACGGGUACAAAGAGCAGCCCUUGCCUACGUUUUCCGAAGUGGCGGCGUUUUUUGGUAUCUGUAUUUGGUUCGUCCCCUUCACGUUGUUCGUCAGUUUGAGUGCCGGUGAGAACAUUUUGCCCACUAUUGGCAGCGAUGGUAGAGUAGCCAGCGACGGGAACCAGUUCCGGAAGAUCGGGUUGGCCAAGCACUUUGUCAUCCAGGCGAGAGAGAAGUUGCUUGCGUGCACCAGAAUGAUGGGCUGGGAGUUGGACCGCAACCGCAAUUCCAUUCCAAUAUACUAAGUGGAUUGGCUGUACAUAUAGCAAUAGAUGAAAUAUACAUCUGAACGUAGAAAUAAUC